AUGGGUUCGCGUUUAGUUCUAGUCCUGCUGUUAAUUGCCGCUGCUUCGUUCGUUGAAGCUCAGUGGAAUGAUUUAGGCUACUACCGUUACGGCCCCUGGGGUGGCUAUGGGCCAGGUAUGUGGGGAGGAUACCGCCCAUAUUGGCGUGGUGGACCGUUCUUUGGACCUAUGAUGUGGGGAGGAUAUGGAAUGAUGCCUUGGAUGUGGGGAUGGAGAAGAAAGUGA